AUGAAAAUGUCCUUCGACGCGCCCCUUCCACCAUAUAAUGCGUCCGACCCCUCCGCCACUUUUCUCAACUCCUCCUGUCUCGACCUCCUCAUGAUCGAGCUUGUACCCAUGGCAUACCGAAUCGUCAACGAAGUCGACGCCGCAGCACUGGACGACAGGUUACCUGCGAAAGCUGGGCACGACAGUGUCAAGAGCUCGAGUGUGGCGUCGAAUGUGAGAGAUGGCGGUGCGGGGACUGGGGGAGGAAAUAUAGUGGGUGCGGGUGCUGCGAGGAAGAUGGAUGAGGAUGAGGAGAGAGAUGCGGUGUUUUACCGGUUGGAGAUGCUGGGGUAUAGGGUUGGUCAGGGGCUUGUUGAACGAUUUUCCCGCGACAGACCACGCUUCACAGACACGCUGGAUGUAAUCAAGUUCCUUUGCAAGGACCUUUGGAUGCUAGUCUUCAGGAAACAAAUCGAUAACCUGAAAACGAACCACCGAGGCGUCUAUGUACUCACAGAUAACUCCUUCCGACCUUUCGCACGCAUGUCAACAGAAGCAGGUGGCCAAGCCGUCGUCCGAGCCCAGCCAUUUCUCUGGUUUCCCUGUGGCAUCAUAAGGGGUGCACUGGCGAGUAUGGAGAUAAAUGCUACAGUUCAGGCGGAGACGAGCGAGCUACCUGGGGCGACUUUUCAGAUCAAGAGUAUAGUUGCGAAGCCCUGA